GACACUAAUUAAGCUCGAUCACAAUGACUUCAAUAUCUUUAAGCUUGCUAUUUUUUCUUCUAGCUCUUACUACUCCUCUAUCCCAUUCUGCAGGAUUUGUGAGCAUCGAUUGCGGAUCCUCCAAGUCCUAUGUAGACGACAACACAAUAAAAUGGUCAGGUGACGAAACCCUAAUUAAUAACGGAGAAUCUCACGUGGUGAAGGAUACCAGGGCAGUAUCUCAGGAGCUAACCACUCUCCGAGCAUUCACUACUCGGAAAAAGAACUGUUACUCCAUUGAAGCCGAAAAGGGACAACAAAUUCUUCUCCGAGUGACCUUCUAUUACGGAAACUACGACGGAAAGUCUUCUCCACCGAGUUUUGAGCUCCAUGCUGAUGGAAACUAUUGGGCCACGAUCAACUUUUCCAGCGACGACGAACUUGUCAUCUAUGAAGCCAUAUAUGUCAUUAAAGGCGACUAUAUCAGCGUCUGCGUCGCUCAGAUUCACCCUAACCAGUUUCCUUUCAUAUCGGCAAUUCAGGUUCGGGGUUUGAAACCCAACAUGUACGGUCAUGUCGAUCCAGAGUAUGCUUUGUUGGUCAGACAAAUGGUCGCUUACGGUUCAAAUACAACUGUGAGGUACCCGGAUGAUGAAUAUGAUAGAGAAUGGAGUCCCGAGUUAAUUGACCAUGGAUACGUUAAGCUGACAAACGAUGCUCCAUCGAUUGAAGUCAACUCGACAGAUAAUCCUCCAGAAGCAGUUCUGCGACACGCAGUGACCACAACGAGCACAUCCGAGCCUUUAAUACUAUACACCGACAUCUCUAGCACCAAUGGGGUUCCCAUCUACAUCAACAUGUACUUCUCUGAAGUGACUCAGCUUGAUUCGGACCAAAAAAGGUCGUUUGUGUUUGUCAUUGACAAUCAGAUUGCUUCUGAUCCCAUUAUCCCUCCCUAUGGAGGUGUUCUCCAAAUGUAUCUCACCAACACCACGGCUACUUCUAACACUACCUUCGCUUUGGUUGCCACCAAAGACUCCACGCUGCCUCCUCUCAUCAACGCCAUGGAAGUUUUUUACGUCGGCAACACUCUAACAAAUGGAACCUAUAAGAAAGAUGUGGAAGCAUUGAAUGGACUACAGGAAACAUUCAGUGUGUUACAAGACUGGACUGGUGACCCGUGUCUACCUGCAUCGUUUACUUGGGAUUGGGUAAACUGCAGUAAUUCGGACGACACACCUCGUAUCACAGCACUGUACCUGAAUGGGUUUGGUCUUUCAGGCUCCAUACCAGAUCUCAGUUCUUUGGACGCUCUGGAAAUAAUAGACUUGCACAAUAACAGUUUGACUGGACCCAUACCUGAAUUUCUCAGCAACUUACCUAGCAUAAAAGAACUGAACUUAGCUGAUAAUAAGCUCAGUGGACCUGUCCCUACUUCUCUUUCAAAGAACAGCAACGUCGAAUUAGAUGUAUCAGGCAAUCCUGUUCUGUGCUCGUCAAGCAAGUUGUGCUCUAAGAAAAAUAAAAGCUCAUCAGGUUCAAAAUCAUCAUCUGGCAGCGCCAAGAGAAAGAGUGAUAUGUUACCAAUUAUUCUUGGAGUCAUGGUUUCAAGCUUCUUUGUUUUCUUUUUCAACUAGAGCACCUACAAGAGACAAAUCACCCUGCCAAAAGGUUAAGCGUAAUGGAGCAUAAAGACAGCGGAAGGGGUUCACACAUGGUUUCAGUUUUUUCAAGGAAGAGCUCAAAGUCGUCAUUUUAAAAAAGAGGAAAGAAGCUUAGAAUUAACAUGGAUCAGCAUAGGCGUAGGAAGGAAAAUUUGCUUGGAAAGAAUGUUUGACUUUCCUAUAUAUAUAUAGAAAUAAAUAUAUAUAUAUAUAUUGUCUAAUGUAUGAAUGCCAUUCUACCUACUUUCUAUCCUUUUAUGCCACUCUAAUUUGCGAAUGAUUAAAAACGAACCUUUGGUUUCAA